AUGGUUUUUGAAUCAAUUAUAGCAGAGCUUUUAAAUAAAGUUUUGGGAGAGUAUAUUCAAAAUUUGGAUUAUACGCAAUUAAAACUUAGUCUAUGGGGAGGCGAUGUAGUAUUAACGGAUUUAUUAAUAAAAGAAACAGCAUUAGAUGUACUGGAUUUACCUAUAAGAUUAGAAUAUGGUCGAUUAGGUAAAUUGAUAUUAAAAAUUCCAUAUAAAGAUAUAUGGAAUGCUCAAGUUGAUGCGAUAGUCGAGGAAUUAUUUGUACUUAUUGUACCUUCAAGCCAAGUUGUUUAUGAUCCAGAAAAAGAAGCGAAGCAACAAUUAGAAGCCAAAAGGGCUGAGCUUGCAAGAAUAGAGAAAAACAAACAAUUAGCAGAGACUAAACCACACGAAAAGCUAGAUGAUUCGAUGGUUGAAAAAUUAAUUGCUCGUAUGAUAAAAAAUAUACAUGUUGAAAUAAAGAGAAUUCAUGUGCGUUAUGAAGACCAUGUUACAUUUAAGGAUCAUCCAUUUUCAUUUGGAUUUACAUUAAAUAAAUUUGUUUUAGAAAGUUGUACAGAUACUUGGAGUACAACUGAUAGCAUGAAAGAUAUGUAUGCAAUUCCGCAAAUUUAUAAGCUAUGUACACUAGAUGGCUUGGCUGUAUAUCUUAAUACUGGCAUAGAACAAUUUAGUAAAAAUCCACUUUCUAUGUUUUCAAAACUAUUCUCUGAUGGUAUUGCAACGAUGGAUUAUACUCCUACUGAUUAUUUAUAUUUACUGGGUCCAAUAAAUGUUAAUGCAAAAUUAAAACUUAAUCCAAAACCUGAAGCAGAUGGUAGUAAUUAUACCAUUCCAAAAGUAUGGCUCAAUUUGGAAAUGCUUAAAUUACGAAUAGCAUUGACAAAACAUCAGUACCAAACUUUAGUACAGUUAGGAGAAGGUUUGGAUCAAGCUCAAAAGGCUGCUCCAUAUAGAAAAUAUAGACCAAAUAUAACAUCGUAUAGGGGCCAUUAUAAAGAAUGGUGGAAAUUUGCAUAUACUUGUAUAUUGGAAGAAACUGUAAGAAGACAUCGUAGAAAUUGGGAUUGGAAUCAUAUGAAAGCACAUAGAGAUAUGUCCCGUGAAUAUGCACAAGUAUAUCAAACAAAAUUAACAAAUAAGAAAGUAACGAAAGAUAUUGAAGAACGUCUUACGAAUUAUGAAAAAAAGAUAGAUCUUUUUAAUUUAGUUAUUAUCAGACAACAAAUUGAAAUGGAAGUUGAAAGAUUAGCAGAGAAAGAAAAAACUCUUAAAGCAAAAAGAGGAUGGUUUGGUUUUUUGUGGGGUUCUCCUCAAACAGAAGAAACUCAAGAAUUGAAUUCUGCUGCAGCUAUUAUGCGUAAAUUCGAGGAAGCCAUGACACCACAAGAAAAGGAAAAAUUGUAUCGUGCAAUUGAUUACCAAGAGAACAUUGCACCAGCUCAUUAUCCCGAAACUUAUGAAAUGAUUGAUACUAAUUUCUUCUUACAUGGACUUCAGUUACUUCUUUUAGAUACAGAUAAAGAAUAUCCAAGUAUCUUGGAUUUACAAUUAAAUAGUGUUAAAGCUGGUUUUAAGUCACGACCUUCUGCUAAUGCUAUUUUAAUAACGACAUCAAUUAGUGAUAUGAAACUUUUUGGAGUAAAACAAAAUGAUUAUAUUCCUUCACUUUUCAAUUCUGAACAUGGAAGUGCAGAUAAUGUUUUAUUAUCUAUUUCUUAUGAAAAGAAUCCUCUUGACAAAUUAUGUGGCGAUCGUAUUAUUGUAAAAUCAAAAUCCGUGGAUAUCGUCUAUGAUGCUCAAACAAUUAUAGAAUUAGUUAAAUUGUUUAAAGUUCAAAAUUCUUCAGCUUUAAAUCAAAUUCAAGCAGCUGCCGCAGAACAAUUAGAAGGCUUAAAAGAAAUGUCUGCUUUAGGUUUAGAGUAUGCUAUUGAAAAGCAUUCAGUAUUAGAUAUUCAGGUGGACAUGCAAGCAUCUCAAUUAAUUAUACCACAUGGCGGAUUAUAUGAUAGUACUAAAUCAUUAUUUAUAAUAAAUUUGGGUAGUUUGAAGAUGCACUCUCUUGAGAAGCCUAAAAGUAAUAAAUCUAAAGCAACUGUUAAACAGCUUGCUAGUAUGGGUAAAAGUGAAGAAGAUAUUUUAUUACAUUUAAGGGAAUAUAGUUAUGACAAAUUUGCUCUGAAUAUAGUUAAUUUUCAGGUUCUUGUUUCAUUGGGAAAUGAAAAUUGGAGGGAAGCCUUAAUGAAACAUAAUUCAAUGACAUUAUUGUGUCCAACUACAUUAGAAAUUCAAUUUCACAAAUGUUUAAUAACAGAUGAUCCUUUAUUACCAAAAAUGAGAUUAGUAGGACAAUUACCAUCUCUUGCUAUUAAUGUAACAGAUGUACGUUUAUUAGAAGUUCUUAAUAUUGCUCAAAGCAUUCCAUUUCCUGAGGAAGAAACUUCUACACAACUUACAAAAUCAGCACUUAGCAAAUCCGUUUCCCAAUUAUCUCUAUUUAAGGAAUUGACUACAAUUUCUUCGAAUGGUAAAAAGAAGCAGGAAGAUAAACCACUUAAACAGACAACUGAUUUAGAAAUGAAAUUCGAAAUGAAAGAAUUCACUUUGUCAAUCUCCAAACAAGUAGAUGAAACAGUCAUGCCAUUUGUAAGAUUUGAGAUCUUACAGUUAGAAAUUGACAUGUUGCAACGUUCCUAUGAUCAAGAAAUAUUAUUAAAACUUGGUGGUACUCAAAUGAAACAGCAUCAUAAUAAUGAAGAAAUUUUUAUGAUAAAUACUCCCAUGUCAACUGGAAAAGACGAGUAUCUUAUUAUAGUCCAGUAUGUCAAUGUAAAUAAACGAUCACCAGAAUUUACUACUCGACAUGGAUCAGUUGUAAAAUUGUUACAACUAGAAUUUACAACAUUAGAAGUAGUAUUUCAUCAGGAAGCCCUUAUCGAUUUUUUAAAAUUUAUGACAUAUAUACAAGAUGAGAUACAAUCUAUGUCUGCUUUAAAAGAGAAAGUGCAAGAAGAUAUAUUACCAUCUCGGCCAACUCAUUUAUCUUUCAUACAAGAAGAAACUUCUACAUUUGUCAGAGAUCAAAUCCAGAAGCAGAAAUUUAAAUCUUCAAAUUUACGACGUAAAAGAGGAGUGGUUGAGUUUAUAGAUUUAAAAAUAAAAGCUAAAGUUGGCACUAUAAGUAUGAAAAUGACCAGUAAUGUAAGAGACAUUAGUGCUUUUUUUAUUGAAGGCAUUAUUGCUGGUUUUAUAAUGAAGGCUUCAUAUUCACAAGCAAAUAUUAAUCUUACUUCUAUUAACAUCAAAGAUCUUAAUACUACAUCAAUUUAUAAAAAUAUUAUAUCAGUAGAAGGUGAAGAAUCUUUAAAAAUUGAGGCAGUAAUGUAUAAUAUUGAACCACAUGAAUUUGAUAAAAACAAUAUGUCUAUUAAAAUUAUUAUGGGUUGUCACCGUAUUAUAUUUUUAAAUGUCUUUGUUACAAAUGUUAUGAAUUUUCUCAAUAAUUUCCAAGCAGCUCAACAAGCAAUUAAAGAAGCAUCUGCAGCAGCUGCAGAAGCAGCAAAAACUAAUAUUAAGGAUGUUCAAGAAAGUGCAACGCGAGUAGAAUUAAAUGUAAAAAUCAAGGCUCCUCUUAUAUAUGUGCCUAGAAAUUCAAAAAGUGAACAUUGUUUAAUGUUAGAUAUGGGUAACCUUACAAUUUGUAAUAUUUUUAAAAAAUUAGAAGUUGAAACUGAAUCUGAGGAAUAUCCUAUAGUUGACGAGAUGAAGAUUGAAUUACAAAAUUUAAAACUCUUAAGAAUAAGAUUAAACAAAAUUGAAUUUACGAUUGAGAACCAAGUACUAUUGCUAGAACCAGUUAGUUUUACAUUAUUGAUGAAACGCAAUUUGUCAACUGCAUGGUUUACUUCUAUACCAGAUAUUGACAUGUCUGGUCGAUUGAAUAAAAUUAAUUUAUUAUUAAGUCAAGAAGACUAUGCAACCAUAAUGAAAGUUUUAGAAGAAAAUUUAGGAGAAUCAAUGGAAGAGCCUAAACCUACACAAAUUUCGGGACAUAAUGAUAAAAAGUCUUUAUCAGAUCAUCAGAAUAAGCGAAGAGCUAUAGAACCAAUUAAAGUGGACGUUAUUACUGAAGAAGAAGUUACAGUUUUUCAAGAGCAAAAACAUGUGCAUACGUUUAUUAAAUUUGAAUUUAUUAUGGAUAGCCUUGUCAUUAAUUUGUUCACAGGAGGUUCCAAAAUGUUACAAACUCAAACGUCACCUCUACAUCUUCCAGAAAAUGGUUUGGCAAGGUUUUCCUUAACACAUUUUGCAGUUAAAGGACGAAUAUUCGUUGGUGAUUUAUUAGCAACUUCUAUCCUUCUUAUGAAUUGUACUUUGGACGAUAUUCGGCCUAGUAGAGAAAGUACUUUGACAAGACUCAUGGAAAGGACAACAGCCUAUUCAUCUGCACAUGAUUCGGAAAAAGAUGCAAAGAGUGUGAGGAGUAUGUUGGAUGUAACAGUUAGACGAGGCCCUAAUGACAUAUUUGUUGAUGUCAGAGUGUUUUCAUUCAGUAUUAUUGUGUCACUUGAUUAUCUAAUGAAGAUAAAAGAUUUUUUUAACAUAGAAUCUUCUACGUCAAGUAAAAAUGUAUCACAAUCUUCACAAAAGGGUUAUAAUGAAGUAGUGACUAAGAAACGAUCACCUCAAACUUCAGGAAAUACUACCCAAAUGUUAACUGUGAAUUUACAUGUAGAAAAGCCAGAUAUCAUUCUUCUUGAGGAUAUGGAUGAUAUAAAUUCAAAUUGCAUAUUAUUAAAUACUGAGCUACUUUUAAAAAUGCGCAUAAUGGGUGAACAUCAAGUUAUAACAGGUUCUAUUAAAGAUCUUUCUCUUCUAACUGGUAUAUAUAAUCCUGCUAAAAGGGCUGAUUGGAUAUAUCAGGUUUUAAGACCAUGUAGUGUUAGUGUAGCAGGUUCUACACCUGAAGGAAAAGGUCUUCAUAUAGAUAUAUGUUGUACAGAUAUUCACAUUUCUGUGUCACCAGGUGUAAUUGAAAUUUUGAACAAUGUCAUUCAUACUGUAACUAAAACAGAAGUGGAAGAUAAUGAAGUGGUGAAGCCUGAACCUAACUAUAAAGGACUUUGGCAAAUUACUCCAUAUAAAGAACAAAAUUAUUGGUUUUUGAAACCAGAGAUUGCGAUGGAUGUAUCAGAAUAUUUUUCUUAUCCUGAUUGCGAUGAUAAUGCGGUUUAUAAACCUGAAUUAGCUAUUAUUUCUGCACCAACAAUUUUAUUGACAUUGGAAGCAGGUGUUGGUAACAAAACAUUGCCAAUGCUUCUGAUGCAUAUUGGAUUUCAAAGUCAUGUCAAUGAUUGGAGUACUAAAUCUAUGUCCUUGGAAUGUACAAUUUCUCUUAUAAUGGCAUAUUAUAAUAGUCGUUUAGCUUUAUGGGAACCAUUGAUAGAACCAAAGGAAGGAAUACAAAAUGGAAAACGUACUUCAACUCCUUGGGAAUUAAAAACGAAAGUACAAUUUAAUGAUUUAGCAGUGAGCUCUAAAGGAGCUAGUGCAAUCAGUCCAAGUAUAGAGAGUGAACCAGAAGAUUUACAUCAAAUUGCUAAAAUGUCCAUUGACGUAACAUCUUCUGAAAAUCUAGAGAUUACAGUGACCAAAACUUGUCUCGAUGUAUUAAAACAAUUAGGUAAUGCAUUUUCUUCUGCUAUUGAAGCUGGUGGAAAAAUGGCCACUCAAAAAUUAGCACCAUAUAUAUUGAAAAAUGAAACUGGCUUGCCAAUGACACUAAACUUAGAACUUAGUCAUUUUAAGAUAUUUGAUAGUGGUUCAAGAUCAAGCAAUAAAGCAGAUUUGUAUACCGAAGUAAUUCUCGAAUCUGGAGCAUCCAUAGAACUUGUACCAAAGUUUACCAAAAUAGAAACACAGCUUCUUGAACAAUUAAAAGCUGAUUCUGUUAAAGAUAGUGAAGACAAUAAAUUUGUUGUUUCGUUCAAAGAAAUUUGUGAUAGACUGACAAUACCAGUUCUUCGAGCAGAUAAAAGAUUCUUCUCGUUGAAAUAUCGUAAAGAUAACUCAGAAGAAUGGGGUAUUGUUUCUGAUGUUGUUGUUGAUGAAGGAAGCACUAUUGUUACACUUAGAAGUAUCCUUCAGGUACAUAACCAUUUCACCGAACCUAUAUCUGUAUAUUAUAUGACGAAACGAGGAAAUGAAGUUGAAUGUGUAGGCACGGUAGCUCCUGAUGAUCGAUUGAAUCUUCCAUUGGAUGCUGUAUAUACACCAACAAAUAUUUAUUGGUUGUUCUUCAGUGUUAAUGGUUACAUGGUUUCAAUAGAACCAUUUGUUUGGAAAGAUCUUCAAAAAAAUGUUUCCAUGACAAAACUGCUAAAGUGUGAAGCAAGAUCAAAACAAGAAAUAAUAGAACCAUUUUAUAUACAGGUUGUAGGAGAAAUAGAGCAAGUUUAUUUUGAAAAUACUAGUCGCCACACAAUGGCAAGCACUAUUUAUAAUGUGCAUUUAUAUCCAUCUGUAUAUCUAAAAAAUUUUUUGCCAAUUGACAUUAUUAUUUGUCUUCCUGGGAUUAUUGAAGAAAAACUUUUGGAAGCUAGUGCUACUUUACAGAUUCCAACAAUUGACUAUACAAAGUCAAAUAUUGUUAUUAAGCUACCAAAUUAUCUAGAGAAAAAUUGGUCAUGCAAAGGUGAAAUAAUAGCAAAUCCACCAGAGUUUUCAGUCUGGUCUUUUGAAUCGUUUGAUAGUGCACAAAAAGUUGUUAUGGAUUUAGGAAUGCAUACAUCAUAUAAACAUGGCUCCAUUAUAAUGGCUCUCUAUUGUCCUUUUUGGAUGUUAAAUAAAACUGGAUUAAUGUUAUCUUAUAGGAAGUCAAGUAAGGGUGGUAAAGAACACUCAAGUCCAGUUAAGAAACUCAUUUCUGCUAUGAAACCUCAUCAUCCACGUGCACAGUAUAGGAAGAGGAAAUCGAGUGGUGAAGAUCAUUUAAAUAUUUUAUAUCAUCCAGAACAUUUUAAAGGACCAAUAUUAUUUUCAUUCCGCUCAAAAGUCUUUUUUGGUAAAAAGAAAGCAAUGGUGAAGGUAGAAGAUGGAGAAUGGUCUGAAAAGUUUUCCAUUGAUGUUGCAGGAAGUGAGGGAGUAGUUGCAUGCAAAUACAAUGGAAUGAUAUAUCAGAUUGGUGUACAUAAUCAACUGACAUAUAAUUCUUUAACAAAGCAAAUUACAUUUACGCCUUAUUAUGUUCUUAUUAAUAAUAGUGAUUUUAUAAUUGAAUGUCAAGAAGGCGAUAGACCUGCUGAUCCACUUAUCGUAGUUUCACCUGGAGAAUGUUCUGCUUUUUGGCCUCGUUCAGAACAAGAAGUAAAAACUUUGAAAGCAAAGGCUGCAGGAUAUCCUGAAAAAACAGCAGCUUUCAUUUAUACUGAUAGCCAUACUACACUGUUAAAACUAGACAACAAGUACGGUGGUAUUAAUGUUGAUAUACAAAUCAAUGAAGGUGGGAUAUAUAUUUCAAUGACAGGUUAUAGUCCUGGCAAUGCUCCUGCUCUUAUUAUAAAUCACACUCAUUAUUCAAUCAAUUUUUGGGAAAAAGGAUCUAUAAAUAUAAAAACUAUUGCAUCAUUUAAUAAAAUGUUUUAUACCUGGGAAAAUCCUGCUGGUCCAAGAAAAUUAAUGUGGGAAGGUGAUAACAAUAAAGAAAUAGAAGAUGAUCUAAGAAAGGAUACUUUGGGUGCUUUUAAAAUACUUAUUUCGAAUACAGAAGAGGAUAUAUAUUAUGUAUCGUUUCUUAAUGGUACACAAAGAGUACUUCUAUUUACUACAAAUUUGAAAAUAGCUGAAGAUUGUCAACUAGUAGGCGAUUUUGAGCCUAUUGAACAAGAGAUAACUCUUAAUAUUCAUGGAAUAGGAUUUUCACUUGUAAAUAAUAUUACUAAGUCAGAGCUUUUAUACAUGUGCAUAGCUAGCUCUGGUAUAAUAUGGGAAACGUGCAAAUCUACUGGAAGUAGAUGGCGUGGUCUUAAUGCAAGAGAAAUUAAUAUUAUUGAAGAGGGAUACCAAAAAUAUAUACGUGAAUUACAAAUUGAGAAGGAUCCGUCUCAUAGAGUAUUACUUGAGCCUAAGUUGGAGGUUGAUUACUUAAAUAUGGAAAUGUUAAAACCACAUCGUCGUUACAUGCGACGUUCAUUCCAAACUGGUUUAUGGCUACAGUAUAAAACAUCAACUCAUCAAGUACAAUUACAUGCAAAAAUUAAUAGAUUACAGAUAGAUAAUCAACUUUUAGAUUGUGUUUUUCCAGUUAUUCUAGCACCUGUUCCUCUACCUAAAAGUAUCACACAAAGUACAGUACCUAAGCCAUUUGCUGAACUUAGCAUGGUAAAACGUCUUUUAGAACAUAGCACCGUGCAACAAUUUCGUUAUUUCAAAGUACUUAUUCAAGAAUUUCAUAUUAAAGUGGAUAUAGUAUUUAUAAAUGCCAUUAUGGCCUUUUUUGAAGCCAAUGUAGCGAAUGAUGCGGAAGAAAGCGAAUUAUUCCGCACAGAUAUGAAAUUGGUACAUGAACCACUUAUGUAUCAUGUUAGUCUAAUCACAACAGCUGAGCAAAAGAAUUUCUUCGACUUAUUACACUUUUCACCUCUUAAGAUACAUAUUAGUUUUUCAAUGACUGGUACUGGAAGUGGACCUUCUGCACUACCUCAAGUAUUAAAUGUAUUAUUACAAGGGAUUGGAGUUACUCUGACUGAUAUUAAUGAUAUCGUAUUCAAAUUAGCAUACUUCGAAAGAGAUUACACUUUCAUGACAAAUAAGCAAUUAAUCUCAGAAGCAACUACGCAUUAUGUAGGACAAGCUAUUAAACAAGCUUAUGUUCUUGUGUUAGGUCUUGAUGUUAUUGGUAAUCCAUAUGGUCUUGUAGUAGGUACAAUGAAAGGUAUCGAAGAUUUAUUUUAUGAGCCCUUCCAAGGUGCCAUACAAGGUCCAGGAGAAUUUGCUGAAGGAUUAUAUCUUGGUGUAAGAAGUAUGUUAGGUCAUACUGUUGGUGGAAUGGCAGGAGCUGUAUCUAAAAUUACAGGAGCUAUGGGUAAAGGAAUAGCUGCUUUAACUUUUGACAAAGAUUAUCAAAGGAAAAGGCAAGAACAAUUGAAUAAACAGCCAGCAAAUUUGCAAGAAGGACUUGCAAGAAGUGGAAAAGGUUUAAUAAUGGGAGUUGUAGAUGGUGUAACUGGUGUUGUAAUGAAACCUAUAUCCGGUGCUAAAGAAGAAGGCGUUGAAGGAUUUUUCAAAGGUUUUGGAAAAGGAGUUGUUGGACUUGUAACUAGACCAACUGCUGGCGUUGUUGACUUUGCUAGUGGAUCUUUCGGUGCUGUUAGACGUGCGGCUGAAUUAAACGAAGAAGCUAAAAGAGUUCGUCCACCGAGAUUCCUGCAGCCAGACAGUCUUGUUCGACCUUAUAUAAGGGAUGAAGCAGAUGGUAAUAAAAUUCUGAUUGAACUUGAAAAAGGAAAAUACGCAAACACAGAUAUUUAUUUCUAUCAUAUAUAUAUAAAUAAGGAUGUCCUAUUACUUACUGAUAAACGUAUAGCGUAUCUUGAACAUAGUGAUUUAUUCGGUGGUUGGAAGGUCGAUUGGACUCAUACAUGGCAUGAAAUUGGUGAAUUACCGAAAGUAGUAGAUAAAGGGGUACAGAUUUUCAUUAAAGAUUCCUCAAAAAGAAAGAAACUGGGCAAUUUAUUUGGUAGUACAGAACAAUCCAAAAUAAUCUUAAUACCAGAUAACAAUAUAAAACAGUUACUUUAUACUAAAAUAUGGGAACAGAUGAAUCAAUAUGGAUUAACGGAUGAAUUUAAAUAAGUUACCAGUAUGAAAAU